CAAUAAUCAUACAACCACAUACAAGCUUCCCAUCUUCCUUCAGAAAGUCAGAAGCAACACAUAUAUGAUCCGAUCGAUCGCAUUGCAGAGGAAGAGGAGGACGUAGAAGAAAGCCCUCCAUCGACAAAAACACUACUAGCGAGAAGCCAGUUGGGUUCUGCCAGGCGGCAGGCGGAUCGAGCAAUGGCGACCUCCCUCCCGGCCGCGCCCCUCCUCGCCCGGCCCCGGCGCAUGCCAGGUGCGCCUCCGCUCGCGUUCCAUCCCCUGCAUCGACGUCGCUGCUCUGAAUGCAUGCGCGACCGUUCCUCGAUUCGAUUCGCAGCCUCCGGCACGGUGGUGCUGCACCUGCUGACCUGCACGAGAUGGUGUUCCUCCUCGGUCCGUGGCCACGGCGAGAUCCGGCCGCGGGCGCCAAGAGGAGCUUGCUCCGCGUCGUCGGCGUCAGGUUCGGCGCCGAGGCGGAGGCGGCGUCGGUGCCGCGCUCCGUGCCGGUGCGCGUCCCGUACGAGCCGCACCAGGCCGGCCACCGAUACCUCGACGUCAGGGUUUCACUGCUGUGACUGACAUUGCUGGUGGAUUUUCUUCUUGGAGGGAUCCUGGAUUGCCUAUCACCCAGUGACCUGAGCUUGCCAGCAGUUAUAUUCCUGAAGCCCAACAUCCUGUCAACGCGGCCUAGCUCAAGGAUUGUACAAGUGUACGUACAUAAUGUUCUUCUCGGCUUUCAAAAUAAUAGCACUAAAUAAAUGGAGCCUGCUAAUAAGCAGAUUAGUAGCAGAACAGAUUGGGGUUUACGUACUCAUUUGGAUGUUGCAUUUCACCUUUUCUGCUAUCUUUUAGCAGACUCUAAUGCUCGUGUAGCGCAUAAAUGUAAAUGGCAUGUCUGAGCAGUAAUGUGUUAUACAAUAUAUACGAGUAGGAGCUUACAGAAAUAACAGCAGAUCAAAAGGAUAAACCAGAAGAAACUGGAACGGAAAAAAAAACAAGAAACCAAAACGGAAACCGGAGGGCCAAGAAAUUCCAA